CCUCUACACACUUUCCACAGUUUAUACCAAACUCCUUUCUCUGUUUUUGAAUGAUGCAGACAGAGCCAACGUCUUCUCCAAGUUUCAGUGCUCACUCUUCCGACUCUUUCUUUCACAUCGCUAAUAGAGUCGUCCGCGAACACCGCAGCGACACCCACGAUACUCUUUGCCAACAAAACGACGACGCUGACCCGGUCGAUGACUUCGAGUUCUCUUUCGUUUUCGGUCACACAGACUCCUCACCUGCCUCAGCCGACGACAUUUUCUGCAACGGCCAAAUCAGACCUUUCUACCCUCCCUUCCACCAUGACCCUGCGCCGCAUCUCUUCUCCGCUACGUCCCUUCCCCUUGAAACGACACGUCGUCCGCGUUUGCCUUUGAAGACGCUGAUGUUGGAGGAGCGAGAGACCGUGGACGGCAGCAACGAUCUCGAAGGCGUGGCUGAAGGAACGUACUGUGUGUGGACCCCGCCCUGCAAGAAGACAUCCGCAUCGCCCAAGCGGUGGAGGUUUCGGGACCUUGUGCAUCGGAGUCACAAUUGUGGUCAGAAGGACUCGCUUCUUUUUGUGGGUCCCUCUAAGAGGACCAGCAAGGUGGUGCCUAAGCAUGCUUCCGCCCAAAACAGUGGUGGCGCCGCCGCAAAGCUGGUCGGAUUUUUCACUAACGCCAAUGGAAUUGGUCGGAGUAAUUUUCAAUCAUUUUCAAGCUAGUACAGAUUGAAGUGGAUGACAUGUUUUCGUGGGGUAACUCUGUACUUAAUCUGGUCAAUAAUUAACCCAGUUUAUCAUUACAGGAAAACAAAAAUGUAUGGAUGACUUAACAUUUCAUAGAGAAAAAAAUGGGAAAAUGACAUUUUAAUCAUAACUUAAUGUCUGUGAUUGGGGGAAAUGAUUACCGCACUUCUAUUCGUAACAUCCUUUAAAUUAUUUAUGUUUAGCUCCAUAUCUGAAUUAUGAGUAUAGGGGGCAAGUCACUCUUAUAAGUAGUUCUUUGAGUUUACAUUGAGGAGUCAAGAUUCUGUGAUUUUCCUCGUUAUCUAAUCUUAGUUUACCAAGAGUCAUUAUGUAAUUUAAGAAUUUAUUGCAAUAUUUAUUUGUAUAAAAAAUACAAAGUGAA